ACACCGGGGUGCAGAGGGAACUCAGGGGUGAAGGGCUGCUGGGAGACUCCACGGGCUCAGCACUGUGCCAGACCAAGGACGUGGUGCUAUCUGGCCCCAGGGUGCCCUGUGCCCUUGCUGCUCUGAACCCAUCCAUCAUCCUGCUUCAAAGCAUAAACGUGCCCCUGCGUGGAACGAGCCCCCAGCACCUGCCACAUGCUGUUGAGACAGCGAUGAGCCGGUUGUGCCAUCCCUGACACGGCUGUCCCGUCCAUCACACGGUUUUCCCACCCAUCCAUCACGGGCCUCACACUGGCACUGCUGCACUGCGUUGCCAUGGCACUGCACACCACCCUGGUGACAGGGAUGAAACUGGAGCCAGUGGAGCCAUUGUGGGAUGUGCUUUUCCAGGAACAGGCCUGGCUUUGUCCCAGCCUGUGCCACCACCUGCCACUCCUCUGUCUCUCAGAACCCGGCUGUGCUCUAGCACUAGGUGCUAGCGUCCAUCACCAGGGGCUGUGACCCGCUCCAGGCAACUUUCCAGGCAGCCCAAGUGCGGAGGUGCCUCAGACAUCCCGGCGCCAGAGAGCCCUGGCUUGCAGCAGCGAUGCAGUGGCAGCGGCGGGGAUGCCCUGUCUUUCUGCUCCCCGCUCUCAUCUCCCUUUGCACCUGAAGAGCAAACAGCAGCUUGCUGCCCCUGCCCAUGGAUUUGGAAGAUGCUGCUGAUCUGGGAGUGCAGCCCACCACCUCCACACACCCUGCUGCCCCCUCUGCCCCCACCAUCGCCUCCAGCCCGGCAGACCCCACAUCCCCCACAGGCCCCAGCAGCUGCAAGAAGAGCCGGAAGAAAAAGAAGGCAGCUGAGACCAGGGAAGCUGCUCAGGAGGGAGGGGAUGAGGCGGCAGGGCGGGUGGAUGCCAUCGAGGGGCUCACACAAGCCGGGCACCGGGCGCUGGCGCUGGGCUCUGGGCAGGAGGCAGUGGGCUUCUUCAGGAAGGCCCUACUCCUCUCCAGGGACACAGUGAGCCCCCAGCUCCACAGGGCUUGUGCCUUCAACCUGGGGGCUGCCUAUGUGGAGACUGGGAAGCCCAAAAAGGGCCUCGAGUUCCUCCUCCAGUCCCAGCCCUCAGAGAUGGAGAGCAGGGACCACUUGGGGAGCCUUUAUUUCAGCGUCGGGGCGGCUCAUGAAGGGCUCCGGGAUUUUCCAAAGGCUCUGGAGUGUUUUGAGAAGGUCGCUGGCCACGGCGGCGCUGCGCAGGCCGGUGGCCGAGCAGGGACCUGCGUGCAGAUGGGCUGCUGCUACCUGGGGAUGCGGGAGCCGGCCCGAGCCGCGCGGUGCUUCCUGGACGCGGCGCAGGCCUACGCGGCGGCGGAGAGCCCCGAGGCCGCGGCCGUGGCUCUGAGCAGGGCGAGCGGCUCCAUGCUGCAGAGCCGGCGGUUCCGGGCGGCAGAGAUCGCCGGGGUCCUCGCCCGGUGCCGCUCGUUCUGCGAGACCAUCCCCGACCCGGCGCUGCGAGGGAAACUCUACAACGACAUCGGCCUCGGCUACUCCCAGCUCCACAUCUUCUCCCUGGCUGCCGAGAGCUUUGAGCUGGCCCUUGGGCUGUGCGGUGCGGAGCCGCGGCGGGACCGGCGGCGGGAGGCCGCGCUGCUGCAGAACCUGGGCGCUGCCCACAACGCGCGGCGCAGCUUCGGCGCGGCGCUGGGCUGGCACCGGCGUGCGGCCGCGCUGCACGGCGCUCUGGGGAACCGCAGGGCUCAGGGCCAGUGCUUUGGGAACCUGGCGUAUGCCUGCAGCCAGCUCGGCAACCACGGGGCUGCCGCGGAGAGCUACCUGCACGCCCUGCAAGCCUUCCGCGACUCGGGGGACUUGCAGGGGCAGUGGCAAGCAUGCGAGGGGCUGGGUGCAGCGUGCUUCCACCUGGGAGACCCCCAGAAAGCCAUCAGGCACUAUCAGGAGGCCCUGAUUUUGCUUUCCCACUGUCAGGACAGCCCCAGAGCUGCCCACAAACGGGUCGUGCUCAAGCUCACGGAUGCCAUCCAGCACCGACUCCACCUCAGCCACUUCUCCUACCAGGGGAGCUGGGCAUCCACCCCAGCCCUGGAGCCCAGGCAGCUGCGGUUUUGCUCCACACUGCCCCAUGCCAGUAGGACACAGCUCCAGGGGAGCAAGGUGGAGAAAGCCCAAGCUGAGGAUGAGUUGUAUCUGUGUACGCCAGGAGCACAUCCUGAGUAUUCAGGCACAAGAGUGGCCCUGACUGGUGGUCUCACACUGGAGCCCUGCAACCCACUUGGCCUCCUGGGCACCUCUGGGGAGGAUGAUGAUGGUCCCAGCUCAGCUCCAGGGUAUCACAGUGAGCCCCAGGCUAACAGUAAGAACACCAGCCCCCUGCACGUGGCCAAGCUGCCCCAUGCCAGCCUCCGGGUACCUAAGUACCACACACAACCAGAACGUCGCUUCUCCAGCAAGCCCAGGCCUGAGGUUCUCACACCACGUUCCACAGGGCAUCAAAAUCACCAAACCCUCCAUUCAAGGCCUCCAGAGAGCCUCGAUGAUGACCCCGCUGCCACUGCUGCCAGCUGCUGGUCCCGCCGGGGACCUCGCACGGGGACCAGGACCCUGUCCCUCGUCUGCAGCCUCGUGUGACCAGGAGGGCACCGGGGAAACGCCGUUUCUCGGAGGGGCUGUGCAGGCCCAAACCGGGGACGGGGGCGCUGAACCAACAC